AUGAUUAGCUUUAAAAAAGGCUAUAAGAAACAUCGCCCUCGUCAGGGCGAAUCACAACGUCUUCAGAUCCUCCAGUGGAAUGCUGGAGGAAUGUCUCCGGACAAAAAGAUCCAAGUACAGAAAAUCCUACAAACCUAUGAUGUAGACAUUUUCACAAUUAUGGAAGCAAACAUUUCGGAUGACAAACUGAAGUAUUACCAAUUCCCAGGUUACACCCUCUACAAUCUACCUAAAUACCGGCAAGUUGCAAGUGGAAUUCUAACUCAUUACGACCUAAUCAAGAGAGACUUCAACGCCCACUCCACCAGAUGGGGCUACAAGGAUACAAACAUAGCUGGAAAGGAAAUUGAAGACAUGCUAAACAGCUACCCUCUGGAACUUAUUUACAGGAAUGAGGAUCCGGCUACAUAUUUGCACUACAAUGGAUCCAGAACAACCCCUGAUUUACUCUUGGCUUCAAGCGACGUCAGUGAGCAUACUCGAGGCAAAAUAAUUGACGAUCCUGGUUCUAGUCACAAACCAGUCAUUGCUAGUAUUACCAUUGGCAGCAAAAGCAUGUCAAGGAAAGUGCCAACUAAGCUAUCACGGAACUUCAAGAAGGCUGACUGGUCUAGAUUCACAAACCUUUUAGAGGAUGAACUUCAUUCAAGUCCCCUCAACUUCAACAAACAUCCAGACAAACUUUGCACUGCUAUCACAAAUAUUAUGAUCAGAUGUGUCGAGUGUUUUGGUCUAAAUACCUUGAGGAACUGA